AUGCUGGCAUUUCUAGGACAUGGACGAAUACAAACCGACUAUCAUUAUUACAUCCAUCAUUUCAACUUAGAAUCAGAUUUGCUAGAUUUAAAAUCAAAAUUCAAACAAGUAGAAGCGAAUCAGUUCACCAUUCUUAUCCUAAAUAAAUUCAAUGAGUUAGAUUCAAUCUUAAAAAAUCUUUUGCCAAUUAAAAGAAGGAAAAGAUGGAACAGCUUAGGAACAGUUUGGAAGUAUUUAGCGGGAAGUCCCGACGCUAACGAUCUUAAAAUCAUCAAUAGUUCGAUUAAUGGUCUCAUUACCAAUAACAAUGAACAGGUUAGAAUUAACAGGGAAAUCUCAUUACAAAUGAAAGAAGCACUGUUCAAAAUUAAAGAAUCCAAUCAAUUGUUCAACUCAAAAUCAUCCGAAUUGUAUUCUAUAAACAUAUUUUUGAACCUUAAUUUUCUAAACGAGAAAUUAUAUCAAAUUAUACAAACAGUAACAUUAGCAAAAGCAGGGAUACUUAAUGAAAAAGUGUUAAGUCAGGCCGAAAUUGAUUUACUAGUUAAGGAUUUACGCAAGGAGAAUCUGACCGUUUGGAACAUCGCUGAAGCACUAACCUACGUCACCACAUCUAUAGUCACCAACGAACUCGAUAUCGCACUUCUACUCAAGCUACCGAAGUUGGAUCCCAGGGUCUUCAAGAAAAUUUAUGUUUUACCAAUAUGGUUCCUUCGUCAACAACUUCAUAUUUCCAAUAGUAAUUACGGAAACGAGUAUUACACCGUUAGUAGCCUACAGCCAACGAUUUUCAAUUCCAAGGACAUAACACUGGAUUCUACGGCGUGUGUACCAAACCUGCUAAACGGGAAAACAGUCAAAUGUGAUUAUUUAGCCAAUCCGGUGGAAGAGAUCGUGUCGACUGAUAACCAACACCUCAUCACGAAUAUAUUUGGAAAAUUUAUCAUGCAUUCCAACUGCGGUCCAUUUGAAAGGAACCUGUCAAGGACUUACCUAAUUUCGUUCAACAAUUGUGAAGUAACUAUUAACAAUCAAACGUUUUCAAACUAUAACCAGAGCAUCACAGGUGAACCUAUUUACUUACCGCUGUAUGGUAUUCCUAUCGAAAAACAACAUACCGUUGUUAAUCUGAGCCUACAUCAUCUGCAUAAUCUACACCUGGAGGCAAGGAAAGAGAUGGAGGAAAUCCGUCUAAACACCACCAGCAUUCAAUGA